GCAGCGUCGUGGCUCAGUAACAAAACACGAAACACCCGAGGAGCAGCUGUAGCUCAGGCUCUGCACCCUGACCCACAGACCCACUUACAUGUUUGUGAGAGCCCAAACACUCAGCAAAACAGUCUACGUCUAAACCACGGGAUUCAACAGCUCCGGAUAUGUCAUUCCUAUUUGAUUGGAUUUAUAGCGGUUUCAAUAGCGUACUACAGUUUUUAGGACUGUACAAGAAAUCAGGCAAGUUAGUAUUUCUUGGCCUGGACAAUGCUGGCAAAACAACGCUACUGCACAUGCUCAAAGAUGACAGAUUGGGACAGCAUGUGCCAACUUUACACCCAACCUCAGAAGAGCUGACAAUUGCUGGCAUGACUUUCACCACCUUUGACCUUGGAGGCCACGCACAAGCCCGUAGAGUGUGGAAAAACUACCUCCCUGCAAUUAAUGGUAUCGUCUUCCUCGUGGACUGUGCAGACAUCACUAGAUUGGACGAAUCAAAAGCAGAACUUGAUGCACUAAUGACAGAUGAGACCAUUGGAAAUGUGCCUAUCCUAAUCCUGGGCAACAAGAUAGACAGACCAGAAGCCAUCAGUGAGGAGAAGCUGCGGGAAAUGUUUGGAUUGUAUGGACAGACGACAGGCAAGGGCAACGUCCCCAUGAAGGAGCUGAACACAAGACCACUGGAGGUGUUCAUGUGCAGUGUGUUGAAGAGGCAGGGCUACGGCGAGGGUUUCCGCUGGCUCUCCCAGUACAUCGACUGAAACGGCCAAGCCCAGAAACACACCGACUUCACCACCAUGAGAGGGCGCAAAAUCCAACCACUCAAGUUGACCAUCAUUACCACCAGUACCAUCAUACUCGGCUCCAUGUUCGGUUAAUCAAGUCUGCCUCCACCUUCAAAGAAACCAGUACCACUCGAUCCCAAUAGACUUUUAUUGGUCGAAUAUUUGGUUCCACCCUUACAGAACUCAAACCUGUACACUCACAUACGCAUACAUUGUCGUCUCUCUUUCUUUUUUUAAGAGAGUAACAUAGCAUUGGCUCCAUAGCAAACAUGUUCACAUCCAAACAAAUAAAUCUUUUCUAUAAUGUCUGUCGUUUAAUGCCCUCUGUCCCUCCCUUCCUGCCAUCUGUUGAGUGAUGAUAGAUGCAUUAUAAUUGUAAAUUGUAUAUGAUUCCAUUGGUAAAUCAGCAGUCCUCAAGGCCUUUUCUCCCCUCUUCAACUCAUCUUAAGCAAAUGAGAGACAGCAUUGUAUACAUUGCAGUACACUUUUUUAACAGUAAAGAAAUGCAUUCAACAUAUUUACUCAGCAUUUAGUUUUUCUUUUUUUUUUUUUUUUUCCUUUUCACACGGUUUCUAUAAAUCAAAGAUGUGGCCAAGUGUAUAGCCUUCACGAUGAAUGUGUGGCUGUUUGCCCAUUAAAGAGUGGAUCAAUACAUUUAACUCAUUGUAUCGUAAAAAUUAGACUAAUUUCUGCAAUUGAAGUUAAAAAAUGUUCCGGGCUUUGGUCUCAUAGGCAGAGUAGCUCUGAAUGUCAGUGGACUCCCUUUUUUAAAAAAAACAACAACAAAAAACCAGAAGCAUGGGGUGUUAGUACUAAUUGGAGGAUAAUUAUUUAAUUUUUUUUUUUUUUUUAAAUAGGAAAUAAUACUGGCUGUAACUCUUGCAAUGUUUGACAUUGUAUAGAUGGCACAAUGGUCAGUUUUCUGCAAAGAAAAGUAGAUGAAACUUUGCACAGCCUGAUCAUAAAGAGAUGCCGAAAGAGUUGAGGAGACGUAUAAACAAGAUUGUAACAUCUAGUAGUCGUCAAUCUUAGAAGUCCAUACUACAGGCGUGUUUUCCAGCUCAGACCUUUUUACAGGGUGAAUUUAGUGACCAAGUGAAAACAGGACACAGUCCCACAGUGGGAACAGGCAGAUAGGCUCAAGACACCUCUGAGAAGGGGACCAUAUAUAUAGAUUAGAUAUAUAAAAUGUACAUGAACACCGUACAUCCAUUUUUAAUUUUAGUGGUGUCCUUUGAUCUGUGUGCAUUACCAGAAACUAUUAUGCAUGCCUUGUUCUUUUGAUUUUUGACUUUUAUUUUGUUUUUUUUUUGUUUUUUUGAUGGCUGUUACUCGACAGGAGGGAACACGAUGCCAAAAUUUUCAAAAGAGAUGAUUGUCAUGUUUUUUUUGCGGGGUUUUCUUUUUAACAAAAAAACAUUGGAAAUGCGCAUAAUACACUUUUUAUGUUCCUUUGUGUCUCUUUCAUUCCCUUAUGAAUAAGUGAUGAGCUGUUCCAACAAGGAUGGGACUUGCUGUUGUUUGCAUCAUAAACAAAUGUAAUAAAUGUUUGCAUUAAAUAAUGGGCUUUAACAUUGAUCCCAAAUGUAAGCUGA